GCAAUAUGGCGGAUAGUAAGAAUUUGGAUAGUCUUGUGGUUACGGACGAAAUUUUGUCAUCAAAAAGGUCGUAUGGUCCGUGAUUCAUGACAUAUCGUGGCCGGUUCAUGAUGUUUCUAAAGAUGUUCACAGUAUGGUGGAAAUUUUAUCUAAAGUUGAACAUUCACAAAGAGCUGCUGAUGUAAAUAGACCUGUCAUUGUUAUAUGCAGUGACGGAGCAGGUCACUGUGGUACCUAUAUUGCUAUCUCAAAUCUUGUCGACCGAGUCAAAACUGUCCAAGCGAUUAAUGCGUUCCAAUGCAUCAAGCUGAUCCAGAAUAGACGCCACAGUUCGUUGAAACAGCGAAAGCUAAGCUUGAGGGAAAUAAAUUUAGUGUUGAUAAAAUGGAUGUCGAUUCUGAGAUAAAGGAAUACCAACCAUACUCGUUUUCUGAUGACACUGGCUCUAAUAACAGUGGUUUUUACCAGUUGCAAGCUGUUCUGACUCAUCAAGGACGAUCAUCGUCAUCUGGUCAUUAUGUGGCAUGGAUCAAAGGGAGUAACAACUCUUGGAUUAAGUGCGACGACGAUAAAAUAACGCACAUUACUGAAGAAGAUGUUUUGAAAUUAUCCGGGGGAGGUGACUGGCAUUGUGCAUAUGUGUUGCUAUACGGGCCGAGAAGACUAGAAAUCAUUAAAGAAUCUUCGUGAUCACGUGAUCUUAAGAAGAAGUGGAUUUUGUACCUUUAAAGAAUGCGGUAUUGUGCCGAUAUGUCUAUGGGUUGAUAUCAUCUUAAAAUCUCCUGUUGAGUAAUUUGUUUCAAAUCAACACUGCAGUAUUUUCUUCAGUGUCAUCGAGACAGUUAAGUUUAUACGCUGGUCAAUUGACAAUUGUCAAAAAAAGAUUUGUAUUUUAAAGAUUUGAUUAUUUGUACAUGGAGAAA